AUGGCAACCCAUCUAUUCUGCUGCACCACCAUCCAACCCACCAAAUUCCCAAAUCCCGAACACGAGCAAACCUUCACCGAAUUCACAAAAUGGGCCCUCACCAUAAUCAGCAGUCUAACAGGAUCCACUAAGCCCUCCGAAGCGAGCGUCUGCAUCCAGCUCGUGCGCCAAGUCACCAACGGACCGAUAGAGUCUAUUCGAUACUUCGUCGCAAGUGACAAGCACGGGGGGUUCGAAGAAGUCUCUGAAGAUGGGAUCGCGGAUGCGAAUUUUAUGAAGAUUAAUGAGACAAAAACCUUUCAAUGCACCCAACACAACCGAGUCUUUGACCUUAACCUCUACGAGCCAAGUACGGGGAGCUCACGUCAUUGGCGAGCUAGUAUCGCAAAACCGCUUAAGCAGCUGGAGAAUGCAAUCAAGCAUAAGAUAUCUGGUUCAGGGUCUGGAUCUGGAUCUGGAUCUGGAUUUGGAUCUGGGUCUGGGUCAAGGUCAAUGUCCGGGUCAAGACCAGUGAUUGGAUCAACGGGGGCCGGGGUUGGAUAUAGAGCUACCUCGGGUUACGGAUACGGAUCCGGGAUGGGAUACGGUUCUGCAUGGGGAGCUAGUCUGGGAUCUGGCUGUGGACCGAACUGGGGAACUGGGAGUUCGACGCUUUUCGAUAAGCAUGUGCCGUCUUCCACUACUGUUGAGACUGGGUCCAGUGAAUUUGAUAGUUACGGAGAAAUCCAAGUCCAAGUGCAAGAUCAGAGCCAAGAGGCUGGGAUACCCCAGCCUGUCGAUGGAACUGAAGAUACCAACGAGGAUGGCGACGAUGACCAGUCUGUGCCGACUUUGCCUACGUUCGACACUCAGGUAACUGGGGAUGACAACGCAGGGUCGUAUUCGCCCCCUGAGAGUCAGGUCACUUCCCAUGAAGAUGUGAGUCAGAGUUACUUGGAUACUGAGGACUAUGGAUAUUAUUAUUUUGGCGGGCCUUCGGAUGACUAUGAUAGCUAUUACUAUGAUGGAGGGAACAAUAACUCGACGUAUGAUCAGGAUUGUGGAGACUGUGGAGGUUAUGACGAUUGA